AUGAGCGAAUCGUUCUCCAACGGAUGUGAACAGGAAGCGUUGAAGUUCGCCAGUCACCUUUCGCCGACCAAGAUUGGAAUGCUCGCCCCGAGCCCGAUAGUGACGAGACGGACGAGGACCGAUUCAACGUCCGCUCUAGCUCUCAAGAAUCCACAGAUAUCCGGAAAGGUCAAAUACUUUUGCAAAUCUAAAGGACACGGCUUUAUCACUCCAGACAAUGGUGAUCCGGACACGUUUGUACACAUAUCAGAUAUUGAAGGAGAAUUUGUUCCGUUACCCGGCGAUACAGUACAUUAUCGCUUAUGCCCUAUUCCUCCAAAACUAGAAAAGUGCCAAGCCGUACAUGUGGAAAUCGUUAAUUUAACACCUCAAGUACAUUUAAAAUGGGAUUCGCCAGAAAACAAUUAA